AUGUCAAUUUUGGAAGAAGAAUGUCUACUUUGUAAAAGUUUUCAGCGUUUAUUUUUCAGGGUUGGUCACUUGAAUUCUAACUUUAAUCAUUUGCUGUUCGAAAGUCGUUUUGAAAGUGGAAAUCUUCGUAGAGCAACGCAGGUUGGGCCAAGCUACUAUGAGCUGAUUUUAUCGCCGGACAUCAAUCAACAGAAGGAGCACUAUCAAUGGUUUUAUUUCGAGGUUUCCAAUAUCGUGAAUGACAUCGUUUACACAUUUGAGAUAUUGAAUUGCCUAAAGGCAACUUCGAUGUACAGUAAAGGAAUGCAACCUCUAAUGUAUUCGGUUCGAGAUGCUCUCGCAGGUCAACCAGGAUGGGUUCGCGCUGGUGAAUCCAUAUGUUAUUAUCGUAACCUGUACACUCCCGAAGAUUGUUGUGAAAUUGGUGAAGAUGCCGUGAAAAAGCAUGAUUUCUACUCCAUUCGCUUCAAUGUUACGUUUCGAAAUAAAGGAGAUGUGUGCUAUUUUGCGUACCACUUCCCCUACACAUUUUCCUAUCUCAAGACGAUUAUCUCGCGAUUCUUGUCACGAAUUCCUGGCAGUCUAUAUUACUCAAAUGACAUCAUUGGGAAAUCGCUUGGAGGAAAUCCUGUACAUUUGCUUACCAUAACAGCACCUUGUACAACAUCUGAGAUCGCAAAGAAGGACUGCAUAUUUCUAUGUUCAAGAGUACAUCCCGGAGAAAGUAAUGCGAGCUGGAUGAUGCACGGUAUACUUGAGACUUUACUGAUAUCUUCGGAUCCUGUAGUCGAAGAGCUGCGUCGAAGAUUUGUGUUCAAAAUCGUUCCAAUGCUGAAUCCUGAUGGAGUCAUAAACGGAAGUCACCGUUGUUCUUUAUCGGGUGAAGAUUUAAACAGAGUAUGGGAUAAACCAAAUCGUAUCGUUCACCCCGAAAUAUACCACACAAAAGCGACCAUUCAGUAUAUGUGUGAUGUAUUAGAACGCCCACCUUUUGUUUUUGUCGAUCUACAUGGCCAUUCUCGAAGAGCAAAUGUGUUCAUGUUCGGAAACAAUCCAGAGGAGUCAUGGAGAGCAGAUGACAGGGUUCUUCCUCACAAUUACGAAUUCAUGAAGUUGCCAGAGAUUUUCGAGCAGACUUCUGCUGCCUUCUCGUUUAACCUUUGUCAGUUUGGAAUAACCAGACGAAAGGAAUCGUCAGCGAGGGUGACUGUGUGGAGACAGUUUGGCGUUUCAAACGCUUAUACUAUGGAAUCUACGUUCUUUGGAUUCGAAACGGGUGCUUUCAAAGGUUACCAGAUUGGUACAAAGGACCUCAAAGAUGUCGGUCGCGAAUUACUGCUGGGAAUACUAGAAGUACGGAAGUUAAUUCAUCGUCCUCAAAAGCAGAAUAGGAGUGGGCCAAAAAAAGGGUUUCCAGAAAGAAAAGAUAGUGUCUCUUGA